ACACCCCCCGCCAUGCCCAAGCCCACGUUCAUACAGACCGUCCUCCGCAAGCCGGCACGCUCGUACGCAGACCCAAACGCCCCCCCGCCCUGGUCAGACAGCUACCGCGACGCCGACCGCUAUCCCGCCUCCGCCGCAUCCCGCUAUGCGCCAGUGGACGACUACCGCCCUGCCUACGCCCACAGCCACAUCUGCCACCAGGAUGCCGGCCCCAGCAGACGGGUCUCUCGCGCUCCAAGCUCGGUCGUGUCCGCCUCCGCUGCAAGCGAUACCUCGUUCAGGACCACCAGGUUCCCAAAACCGUCGGGGAAAGCCACCCACCAUGUCGUCCUGCGCAACGGAGAGAUCGUCCAUGCCCCCGUAGGAGAGUCCGUCUCGGAAAUAGGCACCGCCUCUGCUGCACCAUCUGUGCGCUCUUCAAGAAGAAAGGAGAAGCCGCCGCCUCCCGUGCAAGCCCAACCGGGUAAUGUGCCAGCAAAGACGACAAAGAAGCGCAAGCCCAAGCCGGUCAUCGACCGUUCAGACUCUUCAUUGUGCUCGACGCCCCCGGCACUGCACUCGAGGCUGAGCGAGACGUCGUCGGCUUCUUCUUCCCCUUUGGUCCCCAUCUCGCCCGUCGCCCCCACUUUGCCGCGGGUGACCCAGUCAGCUGCAGAGAAACAGCUAAAGGCUGCGAAACAGCCUACAAGGCCGCCCAUAUCAGUGCCCGCAAACGCGCCUACCGCCCUGCUUACCCCACCUGCCUCGAGACAAUCAACGCCUAGCUCAUCUUCCCAGUCAGUAACACCACCCACACCAAUCCCGCCUAAAAUUGAACUCGUGCAACAAGUGUCGAAUUCAGAUUCAGAUUCAGAAGUGUUCUACACCCCUCGCUCUUCAUUCUCAUUUUCGUUCGACGCGGCUGCCCCAGUCGCCAUCGACGCACCUCUUCCCGAGCCUAUAGAAACGCCUAGAGCUGUCGACAUGGCCGAACCUAUGCUGGACCCGGUCGUCACCCCGAAACCGAGACCAAAGACAGAAAUCCUGUUGGGCGCUCCCGUGUUCAACCUCUUGCCUCCUACACCAGCGCCUAUACCCGAUCCCAUCUCCACCCCUUUCCACUCUCAGCCCACUUCGCCUAUUGAUCGGUCCGCCCUCCAUCCCGACCACCUACCGCAUACCACCUCUCGUCCCACUCUUGCACCUAGAGUAAUCAACCCCCCUCGCAACACGGCGGAACAGCCGCCGCCUCUUCCUUCAAAGGACGACGAGGAUAUGGAGAGUGCAUCAGGCCAAGCAGGCUCAGAUGACGAAGAAGAGUCGGCGCGUCAACCCCAUCGUCGUGCUGGCGGCUCACGCACUCCCAAAUCGUCUUCCCGGCCUUGUAGCAGAGCACAGUCCAUUCGCUCCUCGUCGCGGCGUUCGCACAACGCAUUCGAAGGUAUCAGCCGAUCAACUUCCGAAGCGUCCUUUGGAUCCGGCGGCGGAGGAGGAGGAGGACGAGAUGGAGCAAGUGGUGCCAGCAGGGCAAGUAGUAUCGUCGCCGGGUUUGGCAAAGGUGGAUGGGCGGCGGCGGCGGCGAGUACUGGUAGCAGAUCCGGCGCGACAACGCCUGUCAUGUACCUGCCUCCCAAUGGAACUACAGGAUGGGAGGGAUUCCCACCUACCCCUGCCGGCGCUAGUAAUUCUCCACCAAGAAGACAGUCCAAGUUCACCCCUUUACCCGCUGCAUCUUUACCUUCCUUUGACAAGCUGAUCAACUCUCCCAGCCUCGCAGGCGGUUCGAUCCAUUCUCCUUCCAACGCGUCAGCCAACGGGGGCAACGUCCCGCAAGCUCUUUACGAUCCGAGUGUAUCAGCAUCAGUAUCAGCAUCAGCAUCAGUACCGGUAUCGUACUCGUCGCCUAGCGAAUAUUCUCAGGGCUCGGCGUCGGACAACUUGCCGUUGCCGAGUCGGUCGUAUGCGCCCAAGCUCUAUUCCAGCGAGACGCGCCAGAGUAGUAGUAGUAGUCGUUUAUCAGAAGCGGAUGCUGAUGGUCAAGAGGACAAUCGUCAGGGUUUGAACACUACGCGAUCCGAGCUCCAGCGUCCAGAGGCUCCCGUCUAUCCGCCAAGGACUCCAUCGCCUUUACCCCCAUCAUCGUCAUCACCUGGCCGUCUCUCUCAAUCCUCUCGUCCUACAUCUCCCUCAUUAUUAACAUCAGAAUCCACUUGGCGUCCCCCCCAAUCCCAAUCCCAAUCCCAAUCACCUAUCCCUACACGUCCAACCACUCCGCGGGCCGGGUUCGAACCGCCUUCCUUCCUGGACCCCGACAUCCUCACCAUCCUUCCAGAGAUGACCCCCCAAGACUCUGAACGUCUCUAUCGCUCUUCGCCCCCUCCCGAGAGGAGCCGCUCAAGGUUAUCCAUGUACCACGAUAAUGGAGGAGGACAUUUGUCGCAUUCGAGAAAGUCUAGCAUCUUUAGAGGCUCGAGGAGCGAAGUCGGCCACGGCCCAACAGCUGGACACGUACAUGGUGGCAGUGAGGCAGGCGAAGAAGAUGAUGGAUUGGCUGAAUUGCCUUUACCGUCCAUGAUCAAGAGGUCGAAGAGCGCUGCUGGGUAUAGGUUUACAGGCGGGUCAAAGUGGGAAGGGAGUUCGUAUGGUGAUGGGAUGUUGAUGGAAUCGCAUGGAAGGGAUCAAGAAAGUGCUCCUGGGUACACCAACUUGAUUUUACCUCUGGGCGCUUACAAACAGUCAAACCCGGCCAAAUCAGCGCCCGACCUAGACGCACGUAUCCUUGGUCUUCCACACGCCACCAUGGCAUCCAUCACACUCCAUUCCACAUUUGACCACCACAACGCUACCCCCGCACACCUCCGUGACCAGCUCCCGCCCCUUGUAGAGUUUAGCUCUCACUCAAAACCCCCAGGAAAGACGGGAAAGAACCAAGUGCUCGUACAGGUUUAUGCUGUUGCGGUGGAUCAAGUGGAUGUACGUGCCGUGGACGAAAAGGGAAGAGGGGAUGUGGGCAAGUAUGUGCCAGGAAGGAGUUUUGUGGGGAGGGCGUUGGUGGUUGGAACAGAUGAAAAGGAAGUGGUCAGAGGUGACGUCGUGAUGGGUUUAUUGGACAUUCGCAAGAGCGGCGCAUUGGCAGAGUACAUUCUUGUCGACCGUCGACGUGUCUCUCGAGCACCAUUCCCUACCCUUCUCACACUCGAACAACUCUCGAUUCUCCCUCUCCAAGGCAUCGCUGCAGCGCGAUGCGUUCGUGGCUCUCUCAAUCGCCAGUUCCGCGCCAUUAUCAUCAACGCCCAUACUGGUAUCGCCGCACUCGUCUGUCAGGUCAUGUCCCGCGCAGGUGUAUACGUGACGGCUAUCGUCCCCGGUGGGGACGACUCGCAUGAGGCUCACCAAAAGUGUAUUGAGAAUGGGGCCAAGGGAGUGCUCAUGGGUUCUCCGGCGGCAGUGAUGAUCAAUCUGGAGGAAAAUGGGUAUGACUUUGUGUUUGACACCCAGGGUGGGCAAAGGGUGUAUGACACUGCAAAAAGAGCAUUGAAGAGUGGCGGAAAAUUGGUAUCGACCAAGCGCCCCGAAACAACUCUGAACCGCGUCCCGCCCCACUUGGCUUCCCGCCCGUCGGGCAUCAAGACACUGAGAACAGUGUUUGGUUCAAAACGCAAAGACUCAAAGUUUAUCGCCUUUGAAUACGUCUCUCCCAUCGGGUCUGGUGAGCCAGAGAUUGACGCAUCCGGGAUGGAUUGCCGUGAUGUGAUGGAGGAACCGUGUAUGGCAACCUUUAGGCCAGUGCUGGAAGGUGAGAACGCAGUGGUGCCCUUUGAAAGGGGAGCAGAUGUCUUUAAACGCCAAGGAUGGGAUGAGUGUGGCGUGAGGGUCGUGAGAAUUAUCAACUAGUGUUCUGCUUUUUAGGUCCACAGCGUGACUCUUUCAUUAUACAAGUAUAAAACUGUUUCUAUAUUCAUUCCGUAGAACACGCCUAUACGCAAGGACGAUAUAUUAUACAUGUUGGUUUUUUUUUUCCAUCAACAGUCC